UAUUUAUAAAAAAUUAUAUUAACAUAUGAAAACGUUAAAAUAAUAAAAUAAUAAUAAUUUUAGCUUGUUUGUAAGAAUUAAAUGUAAUUAAUUAAACUAAAACUGUAUGAUUUAUUUAAUUGCGCGCGUGUUUCAAUAGAAACUACAUAACGUUACAAGAGUGUAAAAAAGGAGUAAAAAGUAAAUAAUAAAACGUCAAUUAAUAAUUUGUUUCGUGUUGGAAAACCAUCAGUAAUAGAUACUAAAAUGACAACGAAGAUUGAGUUUGCGGUUGAAAUGACUUGCAAAAACUGCAUUAAUGCAGUAGAAAAUUCGUUAAAAGAAUUACAAGGGAUUGAUCAUUUUGAAAUAUUAUUUGACAAACAAACAGUUGUUGUAGAAACAGCUAUUUCUCAUACGGUGAUUCAGGAAGCAAUUGAAAAAGUGGGGAAAAAAGCAGUGCUUAAAGGAUAUGGAUACAAUGAAAGCAACGCUGCAGUUGCUAUGAUAGAUGGUGUUGGUUUAAAUUUGAACGGUAAUAAUAAUAUUCAAGGACUUGUAAGAUUUGCGGAAUCUAAUGAAAAAGAUACAAUUAUUGAUGGUACAAUUGAUGGAUUAAGUCCUGGAUUGCAUGGAUUACACAUUCACGAGUGUGGAGAUAUUACUAAAGGUUGUGCUUCAGUAGGUCCUCAUUAUAAUCCUCAUGAAGUAAAUCAUGGUGGACGUGAAGACGAUGUAAAUAAUCGACACCUUGGAGAUCUUGGUAAUAUAAUUGCGGAUAAAUUCGGAAGAGCAAGUUUUCGAUUCAAUGAUAAACUACUGCGUAUAUCAGAUAUAAUUGGGAGAAGCAUUGUAGUAUCAGAGAAAGAGGAUGAUUUAGGAAAAGGAAAAGAUGUUAACUCGAGUGUUGAUGGAAAUAGUGGAAAAGGCAUUGCAUGUGGAAUAAUAGCAAGAUCGGCAGGAUUGUUUCAAAAUAGUAAAAAAAUCUGUGUAUGCGACGGGAAGACAUUAUGGGACGAACGUAAUGAAUACAAAGAAAAAGGCAUAGUACCUUUGUCAGAGCAACAAGCAUCGAAUUGUGAUAUAUCUUAAUAUAUUGAGUAAUAAAUUAUUUUACAAGAAAAUGUA